ACCACGCCUGCGCAUACAAAUACAAGAUGGCGGAGAGUGCGGAACUGAAGCAAAUGGUGAUGAGCCUGCGGGUGUCGGAGCUGCAGGUACUGCUGGGCUACGCUGGGCGCAACAAGCACGGGCGCAAGCACGAGCUGCUGACCAAAGCGCUGCAUCUGCUGAAGGCCGGCUGCAGCCCCGCCGUGCACAUGAAGAUCAAAGAGCUCUACCGACGACGCUUCCCUGCCAAAAUGAUAUCCCACUCAGAGCUUGCCAUGCCCGGACCACACCACCCGGCCACAGCUGGAGUGGUUGGAGGAGGGGGCGCCGCACUGCCCGCUGGCCUGACACAGCUGGCGUAUGAGGGUCACACCAGUCACGGCGGUGCCCCAUCGCCCGCUGCCUUAUUGCCCCUUUCACUGCUCGGCCCAGGGAAACACGAGCUGACCGGGGUGACGCACCACCUGUCCACCGCGGCCACACUCCACCCUGUCCACCCAGAUGUCAAGCUCCAGAGGUUGCCCUUCUACGACAUGCUGGACGAGCUCAUCAAGCCAACCAGUCUAGCAUCAGACAACAGCCAGCGAUUUCAAGAGACAUGUUUUGCCUUUGCAUUAACUCCACAACAAGUCCAGCAGAUCAGCAGCUCAAUGGACAUCUCGGGGACCAAAUGUGACUUCUCAGUUCAGGUUCAGUUGCGGUUUUGCCUGUCGGAGACUAGCUGUCCUCAGGAAGACCAUUUUCCACCCAAUCUGUGUGUAAAAGUCAACGGGAAGCCGUGUAACCUGCCGGGUUAUCUUCCUCCAACCAAAAAUGGCGUAGAGCCCAAGCGGCCCAGCCGGCCUAUCAACAUUACCUCAUUGGUCAGGUUGUCCACCACAGUCCCCAAUACCAUUGUUGUGUCGUGGACCGCUGAAAUUGGAAGGAGUUACUCAAUGGCCGUGUACUUGGUGAAGCAGCAGUCAUCCACAGUGCUGUUACAGAGACUAAGGGCAAAAGGCAUCAGAAACCCAGACCACUCCAGAGCACUCAUCAAAGAGAAGCUAACAGCAGACCCAGACAGUGAAAUAGCCACGACCAGCCUUCGCGUGUCGCUGCUCUGCCCGCUGGGGAAGAUGCGGCUGAUGAUUCCAUGCCGGGCGCUGACAUGCUCCCACCUGCAGUGCUUUGACGCCACACUCUACAUCCAGAUGAACGAGAAAAAGCCCACCUGGGUGUGUCCUGUAUGUGACAAGAAGGCCCCCUAUGAACACCUUAUCAUCGACGGGCUUUUUGUGGAGAUCCUCAACAGCUGCAUGGACUGUGAUGAGAUCCAGUUCAAGGAGGAUGGCAGCUGGGCCCCCAUGAGGUCUAAGAAGGAAGUGCAGGAGGUCUCCUCUGCUUCCUAUAACAACGGACUGGAUGGUUCCUGUCGGACGUCUGCAGGCUCAGAUCAGCGGAGCUCCUCGUCAUCCAGCCACAGUGGCAGCGACAGCAGUAAUAGCAAGAGAGUGGAGGUGAUCGAUUUGACACUGGACAGCUCCUCAGACGAUGAAGGACAGGAUUCACCGCCUCCGCCGCUGCCACCACUGCCUCCUCCACCCAAAAGAGCUUGCCCCUCUAUGUCCCCGACCUCACCACCCGUCAUCAACAAAGGAGUGUUGAACCUGCACCACCAGGCUUCUCCUGUGAGCCGUACUCCCAGCAUGCCAGCCCUGGACACCAGCUACAUCCCUCCUGUUCCCCCACUUAUCCAGGACUAUAGACCCUACUACCACACCCCCAACGACCUCUCAGAGUUGAACUUCUUCUCUUUUCUUCAAGGCGACAAUCAUCAGCAUUACAACAUGGUGAUGGCAGCAGCGGCGGCCGCUUCAGCCUCAGACGACCACGAGCUGCUUCUCAACCGCUUCCUGCCCUACAGCACCUCCUCCUCAUCCCAGCUAUUCCUCGACCAAUCGGGAGCCUCCUCUGCCACUUCGCUGACCGCGCCGACCAACGGGGCGAGCAACUCGGGCAGCACCAGUAGCCUGGUCUCGUCCAGCAGCCUCCGUGACACUCACUCCACACACUCUUCUUCACACUCCUCUCAUACACACCCUGGGGUGGUGGCCAGCCGGAGCAGUACUGAAGCAGCAGUGGCAGCUAUUUACGGAGGGAUACCUGACGUUAUAUCGUUGGACUGACUCAAGGAGAGUCAAGACUACACUUUGGGUCCAGCUACGAUCUAGUAACGAACCAAAUCACAGACUUUUUGACUGCAGGGUAGAGUUUUGAUCCAGAAACUAGACUGGCCCCAAGUCAUCAAACUCGGAUAAUUUUUGGAGUCGCAAUGACGAGACUGCCUCAAGAAGAGCACUAAUAUUAUGAGUGAGGAACAGGCCUCCUUCCCUUCACUACACUGACCUAAAAACAGUACAGAGUCAUCACAUAACGAGGUCAAGUGUGGACAUUGUGUUGGUAUACUGACUUCAGAUCAGAAACCUGUGCAGCAAGUGAACCCUGCUAUACUGGUACCAACCUGGCACAAACAGCAAAGACACUACCUGAGCAAAAACACAAUGGAGGAAGGCUCUUUUUUACAAAAACGAGGAGUGGCACCGUGUACAGAGAACAAAAUAUAUUUUCCUCUUUUACUUUUGUAUGUUAAAUCGGGACAUUUUCAGUCUAGUGAGCUGCUUUAAGUGGAGGACUGAGGUUGUUUUGGGGGGGGGGCGUUCUCACAAAAGCGUAUACAUAUGCCUGUUGCCAUGUGGUUAUCGUUUUCCUAUCUUUUAGCUCACUCCUGCUUAAAUUUACCAUUUUCAUUUCUUCAAUAUUAACUUCUCUCCUUUUAAUCUUUCUCUUGCUCAAGCUCGUUUUUAAAUUCAUGGGGUAUUAUGUCUUUGUCCAUGACAGGAACUUUUCAAACACUGAAUUUACUGUUUAUUCAUGUACUAAUAAUUUUAUUAUGGUUUUUAAGUUAUGUAUGAUAUUUAAACAGUUAUGUGUAUAUAUAUAUAUAUAUAUAUAUAUAUAUACACCUUCAGGUUAAUACUGUGGGGAGUGUGUAGGUGGAAAUUAAUUAGCCAUUUCUGGUUUUUCAUUUUCACUCCUUGAUCUCCAACUCCUUACAAAGACUCUGCCGACAUACAGCAUUUAGACAUGAAGACUUUUAGACUAUUUAUACUUAUUAUUAUAAAUGGAUUACUUAUAUAAUUUAGAGUUUAGAGCUGGAAGAGUUUCUUUUGUUUUGUUUUUUUGCACAAUGCCAAAAAUAAGAUACGGUACCUAUGAAAAUUAUCACAAUAAUCCGAGUGCAGUUGAAUCUGUGUGCCACAGUGUUUUCUAUCGAGUGUCUACUUGAGUUUUAGCUGGUGGUUCUUCAGACACUCAGACUCUUCUCAGUUUCAUUGUUUUGUGCUUGACUGUUGAAAAGGAAUUAUGGUGAAAGUCAAGCUAUUGUAGCAGCGUCAGGCGUCCAUGACAUGUGACCAAGUUAAAACUAGUGCCUGUUUGUGUGCAUGCUUCACAGUGUGUUUGGGAGGGAGUUUUCAAACUCAGAAGAAUGUUUUAAAUGGUCACCCACAACCUCUGUCCCAUCUCUGUUGAAGGUUUUUAUGUGAAGACUUGACAUGUGACUCGCAGACAGUUUAGUGCCACAGUGAAAGAGGGAAAUCUCAUGCCAACUUAGACUGGGCACAAAGCCAGCUGGUUUAAAAAUACAUGACCUGUCUGUAACUUAAAAACCCUACAAGCUCGUCGGUGUACGAUGUGGAAGUGUCAAACCGAGGUUUCGGGAUACCUCACCUCUGUUGUCUGAAAAUGCAGUUUGCUCAUGAAUGUAUUGUAUGUAUGUAUUUAAAGAGUGGACACACUUUUGGUCUUUGGUUCCCUUUCUGGUCACAUUACCAGUUACAUACAGCAGGUCUGGUACCCCUCCUGCUCAAUCAGCCCACCCCUCCUCCAGCCUGUGUGUCCUUGAAUCUUGCCCCCAGUCCCCUCUUAUCAGUGUCUCCUCGAUGUUCUACUUCCAGACGACCGAGACAGGCAGCUCACUUCAAAGCAUAAUUAUCCCCAUCUCGAUGAGAUAAUCACUUCUGACAGCAACCCCAAUCACCUGACAUCCCCCGUCCUGUCCUGUCCUUCAGCAACUAAGUGGGAGACUUUUAGACAACCCAAAAGGACUCCCACCCCUCCUUCCCUCCCUUGCUCUCUCUUGGCAUUUUUAACUUUAUUCCCUGUUCUUCUCAUAGGAACCAACUGACUCAGUCAUUUGCCAGAACAAGGCUUGUAUAUUUCCUGUGUUGUUCAGUAUUUUAAUUUAUUUUGUAUUGUUAUUUCUACAUAUUAUAUUUUUACAAAUUGUUUGAUUUCCAUGGGUGAUUGUGUGAGUCACUGUCAUUCUGGAUUUUAUUUAAAUAUGCAUUUUAUUAUGCUUUGUCAGCUGCACGAUUUCUCAAAAAGGUAUCGUGUAGUUAUUUGUCAUAGAAAUACCUGUGCGUAUUUUCUUGGGAGCUGACAUGGAUAAACCUAAGGCCACAAAACAGAUGCUUAAUUAAUACAUUGUCAUUGACUUGUGAUAGUUUCAGGUAUGAACUAAUUCAGGAUGUAUUGUGAAUUCCUGUUGCUCACCACUAAGAAAUUAUCAAGUCUGUGAGUUCAUGUGAUUAAUUAAUGCUUAAUGGCAAAUAUUAGAUGCCACCAAAAUAGCUGGAAUUCAGUUACAUAAAAAAGGGCAGUGCUGAUUCUUAUAAAAUUAUGAAGCUGUUUUUAUAAAACUGUGACUUUUAGUCACCCUCUUACUUUUUCUCCAGCACCACCAUGAGGUCAGAAUUCUAGUUUGUCCAAUACUUGCUAAACUAAUUACAUUCCCACCAGCUUCAGCUGUACUUGCAUGCUAACGUGCUAAAAAAAGAAGGUGAUCUUGAUAAACCAUUUUACCUAACAGAUUAGCAUUGAGCUCAAAGUUGUGCCUCAGUACAGCCUCAUAGAGCUGCUAGCAUGGCAGAAUACUCUUGUUCUUUCUCAUGUCAUCACAGUGUAAACUAUGCUUAAACAUGUCUGUCAGUUCGCCAACUGGACCCUGCUAGAUGUUCUACACCCUUUCAACAACAAAAAUAUAGAAACAAAAUUAACAAAGACUUGCUCCCUAGCUUGUAAAUGUGACAUAAACAAAGACCAUUGGGUCACACAGCAACAUGCAGAUGUUUGCAUCUGAAUAAGUUUGAUAAAAACAGCUUCAUAUUGGCAGAGGUACUGGUGUGCUUUCAGAGAGGCAUUGGUCUGUAGUUUCCUUUUCUAUAAUCCCUGUCCAAAGAAAACCAUGUAUCCAGAGUUGGUGAUUUUUAGUUUUCCAGAUAUCUUUAUGGGUUGAAAAAACAUCUCCAACUUCUUUAGGUAAAAAAAAAACAUUUUAAACCCCAUUGAAUUAUCUAAAAAUACCACAUCACAAAUCAGACAACUUGUGAAAUUCAUGCAUUAAAUCAUCAUGACUCGUACAUUAGUUUUGUAGUACUUCAGCAUGUGUUUCCGUUCUUAUAAAGUGUUCAUCUGACUUGCUAUACUGAUGAAGAUGUUGAUCCUUUUAGUUUUUAUCAUGUUAAUUUGACUAUUAAUCACCAGUAUUUGGAUACUUCAUAAGGUGGUCGCAGUUAAUGAAUUAAUUUGAUCGACAAUUUAAUUUAUUUAAACUACUUCUUCUUUCCUCAUGCAUGUUCUGAGACUGUGCAGCAGAUUGCGAUUACACACGUGAAGUGACAGAGCAGACCGUGCUGAAUGUGGUUCUGUUGAAGUGCUCUACAUACUGGGGGGUCUAUAUGGGAUUACUGAAAAUUCUGCUCCCCCUCCCCUCCCAUUUGUUCCAUAAUGUUAACUAUCCACAGCCAUUAUUGAGCUAUCUUUUUUUCACUCUCUAACAAAUUGUCUUUUUUUGUUAGAAAAUGUCAGAUUGCAUGCAGGGAUGGAUAAGCACAGGGCAGUUUCCAUCGUAAUCUCCAACUUCAAUCCCACACGUGUGAACACGUGUAGUAUAUGUAGGCUACAGCAUUUUUGCAGCAGCUUAUGUGUUUGUUGGUUUGAGCUAUGUGAUGAAAACUGGGUCAAAACCAGCGUCUGCACAGAAUGAAGUAAAUGGAAUAAGGCCACUAUUAUCUGUAGUUACUCUUAACGGUGUUUUCAAAAUCUCCACAGACAACCUUGACAAAGAAGCUCAACUCUUUGGUUGUCAUGAUGUCUCACCCUAGAUUAAAGGGAAAAGUCAACAUUGUGUAGGCCUAUAUUAUGUCUGUAUGGAAACAUGAAAACUGAAAGUUCAGAUCCAAACGUGGGUGUUUGAUGUCCAUUUGUAUGCUUUUUGUGUGUCUAUUCAGAGCAAGAGAAUAAAUUAAUUUAUAUAUUUUUUUGACAAUGAAAGCUUGUACUAUGAUUAAAAAAAGGGACUGUGGCCAAUAAAGAGUCUUACACAACUAAAAUAAUCUCACAGUCGGACUCGAGUUGACAUCUGCACUCACUGCCUUAAAACAUUCACAGGUUCUGUUUCACAGCUCCAACCCGAGAAAAAUCAUAAAAGGCUUUUCAAGGAGGGCAAGGAGAAGACAGUGUACAGUAGACCCUUGUCAGUUUGUACAAAUAUACUACGUGAAAAAAAUAUUUAUUACCUGCAUUGAAAGAAAUUGUUUACUUAUUGAAUGUUACCUGUUUAUGUAGAAAAGCUUAGAUGUAAUAAAAUGCAUUCUGUUA